AUGAGUCGAGCAUCCAUCUGUCCAGGCUGUGCUAUGUGGUGGAACUGGGACGGAAAUGGAGGAGGUCAGGGUCUGGAGCUGACAGGCGUGACGGGACCGAGAGCGACAGAGGCAAAACCCACCGUUGGCGCUCUGGCGUUCUACCGUAGCGUUCUGUCACCGCCUCAGAACGCCACGAUUGCAGUGUGGCUCAGGCAGGACUGGCAGAGCAGGGGAGAGAAUGCAGGUACUGGCUGGCUGGCUGGAGCUACGUGUAUCCACGCAAAUGGCAACCGCCUGCAGUUUUGUGUAGACCGAAUUCGUACCUGGGCGAGGGCAAAGGCCCAUGGCGGUGAUCCUCGUUCACGCAUAGUCACUUCCUCGCGUGCCACCAGCGUCCCGCGAUCCUCCACUGGCCGCUCCUCCACUGCAGCUCGACCGACCGAAAACCAGAGCGAUCAUGAUACCCCCACGGACGGAAACGAAGCCGCUCCGGCGGACGGAGAGAAGACGAAGCCACAGCUCGAGAAGAAGCCGGUUAUGACUCGCUUCUUCAAUGUCAUCUGGAACGUCUUGACCUCUAGCUGGAUCAAUGUGCUCCUAGUCUUUGUCCCUGUCGGCAUUGCCUCCCACUUUGCCGGCCUUUCUGAUGGCAUCGUGUUCGCGAUGAAUGCCAUCGCUAUUGUGCCUUUGGCAGGUCUGCUCGCUCACGCUACCGAAAGCGUCGCAAAGAGGCUCGGCGAUACUGUCGGCGCGCUCAUGAACGUCACUUUCGGCAACGCUGUCGAGUUGAUCAUCUUCAUCAUUGCCCUCGUCAAGGAUGAGAUCCGCAUCGUUCAAGCGUCGCUCUUGGGCUCUAUUCUGUCAAACCUGCUGCUCAUUCUUGGCAUGGCCUUCGUGCUCGGAGGUCUCAAGUACCGGGAGCAGAUCUACAACAGUACUGUCACUCAGAUGAGCGCCUGUCUCCUCAGUCUCAGUGUCAUUUCUCUCCUGCUGCCCACUGCCUUCCACGCUUCCUUCAGCAGCGGCACCGAGGCAGACACCCAGGUCCUGAAGGUCAGCCGAGGCACCAGUGUCAUCCUGCUGCUGGUCUACGCCCUCUAUCUGGUCUUUCAACUCAACUCCCACGCUUAUAUGUACGAGUCCACGCCGCAGCAUAUCAUUGAGCAGGAAUCCGUUCCUGGCCCUGCGGCUCAUUACUUUGAGUCCUCGGACAGCUCAGACUCGGACUCCUCGUCCAGUUCUGACUCAGACUCCUCAGGCCACUCUGUCAGCACCGCUAAGAAGAUUAAGCGAGCCAUUAAAGGCAGGAGUCGCAAGCAGAGCAUGGCCUCAGCUGAAGCCGAGAAGCCCGAGAAGCCCUCCAUCACUUCAUCGCCUGCCUCACCUGUCGCGGAGUCCCCGUCCGAGACGAUUGGGCGGACCGUGAGUCAGCCAACCGCGUCAUCCAGCCAGGAACCGGUCACGCUUCAACUUACCGAGGAGGCUGCGCAAGCUUUGCAGGAUGCACAGGAAGACAAAAAGAAGAGGAAACACAAACACAAGAGCCGCCGUAAGGACAAGGACCAGGCUCGUGACAAUGCAGAGGCUGCAGCCGCAGCUGGCGCACCGCCCAGUGUCGUCACUGGCGGUGUUGUUGACGGUAUUGACUCCAACACUAAGCGUGUGGACUUUGCCGUCGGCCCAGAUCUUGAGAGUCAACCCAGUACAACUCGGCCGAAACCGUUCUCCCUGCGCACUCUUCGCCCUAACCUGGCAAAGGGUCUGUCUCAGAACGUCUUCACCAACCCUGCCAAUUUCACCAACUCGCCCACACAAGGACAGCCACAGCCGCAGCCCCGCCCCCAAGGCUUGCGCAGAACCCAGUCCAUGCCCUCGCAGGACCAGUACUACCGCGCCCAACCUGGCUCUUUACCUCCCAUCGUUCCCAUCGUUGUGAACAGCCGACCUUUGACCACUGGUGCCAAUGAAGAGGAAGAUGACGAGCCUGAAAUCUCUCGCACAUCGGCCGUACUGCUACUCCUGGGAUCAACAGCCCUGGUCGCUCUCUGCGCCGAGUUCAUGGUCGACGCUAUCGAUGGAGUUGUAUCGGGUCAGUCGGGAAUUUCCGAGGCCUUCGUCGGCCUGAUCCUCCUGCCCAUUGUCGGCAACGCGGCCGAGCACGUGACAGCAGUCACUGUGGCGGUCAAGAACAAGAUGGACCUGGCCAUCGGCGUAGCCAUCGGUUCCAGCAUCCAAAUCGCCAUCUUCGUUACCCCACUGAUUGUGAUUAUCGGCUGGAUCAUGAACAAGGACAUGAGCUUGUACUUCACGCUCUUCGAGACCAUUAGUAUGUUCGUGUCGGCUUUCAUCGUUAACUUCCUCGUUCUCGACGGCCGCAGCAACUACCUCGAAGGCGCGCUGCUCUGCGCCGCCUAUGUCAUCAUCGCUGUGGCGGCCUUCUUCUACCCGGACAGCGAUGAGGCGAACAGCAUUGGCGGUGGCGAAGACAAUAACAACGCCACUGUGGCCAAGAGGGAGGUCGCUCAGCUGGCGGUACGGGGUAUGGCUCACCUUGUGGGAUGGCAAUGA